UGAAGCAGUAGCCUACCAAUGCGCAUCCAUGACCACAUAAAGCUCAAACAGACGCACAGUUUUAAGAGGAUUGUAUCCAGGAGUGACCAGUUCAUCACUUACACAGACACAAAAGCAGAAUGGACAUGCUGCCUGAUGUUUGGAGACAAGACUACUGGCUUCCUCCAGGUGUGACCUGGAUGGACAUGGACCAGCUGGCAAACUCUGACCGCCCAUUACCCCAGGACCUCCUCAUAGCUCUGCCCCUCGCACUGGUCUUUGUCGCAUUACGUUACCUGUUUGAGAGGUAUUUAGCCCCACCCAUGGGCAGAUGUUUGGGGGUAAAGAAAAGAAUGCAAGUGGCUGCAGCCCCCACCCCAAAGCUAGAGUCAUUUUACACCCAAAGGAGCCGGCAGCCAACACAGAGUGAAAUCGUAAGUUUGAUGUUACAUUGUGGAAAAACUCAGAGGCAGAUCGAGACCUGGUUCAGACUUCGCAGGAACCAAGACAGACCGUGUCAAACCAAGAAGUUUGGUGAGGCUGCCUGGAGGUUCUUUUUCUACCUCACAGCCUUCAUAACAGGACUGGCCUGUUUGAUUGAUACGCCGUGGUUUUGGGACCGCAGGGAAUGUUGGAAGGGCUACCCAGUUCAGCCCAUGGAGAGAGCUCAUUACUGGUACUACAUGCUAGAGUUGGGUUUUUACGGCUCUUUGCUCCUCCGGAUCUCUGUGGACAUCAAGAGGAAAGAUUUUAAAGAACAGGUUAUUCAUCAUCUGGCCACCAUCUUUCUGCUCAGUUUCUCUUACUGUGCCAACUACAUUCGCAUCGGCACCUUGGUCAUGCUGCUUCAUGACUCCUCAGACAUCCUGCUAGAGUCUGCCAAAAUGUUCAACUACGGCUCUGGCUGGAGGAAAGCAUGUGACUCUCUGUUUGUUGUGUUUGCUGUUGUCUUCCUCGUGACUCGACUGGUGAUUUUUCCCAGCAAAAUCAUCCAUACUACCCUGGUGCUGUCUGUGGAGGUGUUUGAACCUUUUGUUGGCUACUACCUUUUCAAUGUCCUGCUGAUGGUGCUUCAGGCUCUUCACAUCUUCUGGGCCGGUUUAAUUUUACGCAUGGUAUACAAGUUCCUGAAAGGCAAGCUGGAAAAAGAUGAACGCAGCGAUGAAGAAAGUGAGGAUGUAGAGGAUGAAGAGGAUGGUAAAGGAGAAGAGGACAAUAUGGAUCAAGGAGGCGAUUAUUGUUGGGAGAAAAGCAAAGACACCCUGAACUCCAAACUUUCUAUGCUGACCAAUAGUUGUGUCCUUAAUAACCUGACCAACCACAGGGCAUCAACAGCUUACAGGAUGCGAAAAGCUCAGUAAAGUCGAUUUAAAAAAAAGUUUUACUUUCUCAAAACUGAAACAGAGGUGCCUUUCAUGUUGAGGGGAUGGAAUAUUUUACCUCCUGUGCUACAUUUUCUGUAUGAGAUGACGUCUAAUUUUUACUGAGAGAGGAGUUAGAUGAGUAAAGCUGUGAGAGUCUAAUCAUUAGUCCUUGUAGAAUGCUGACACAGCAGAAGAAAGUUUCAAUCUAUUGAUGUCUGGAUUGUGGGACCAGCAGGCUUCUGAUUCCCACCUCUUCUAUUCAUCCCAAGGGGGACUUGAACCUGCAACCUCUGGCUCAGGAGGACAGUGCCACUGAGGCUGGUGCACUUGAGUCACUGUUUGGAAGUAGUAACACUGACUGUGUUCAAUCUAAGGUCACAUUUCUAUGAUGAUUUUCUUCAUCAUAGCUUACACUGCAGACUGUUUACACUGCUGACGGUUCAGACACGUCACAAAGCACGUUUGAAAACCCUAAAAAAAAAAGAAAGAUAUUAACUAGGUAGUUAAUUUUACACUGUGUGGAUGCAUAUAGUUGUUGGAUAUCGUACAAUACAUUUAAAUAAAUUCCUUGUACUACU